CGCACUGCGCCACCGAAAGCUCACCAUGGCUCUCGUCGGGGUUCUGUUGGCAGCCCUGGCCGUGGGCCUGCUGCUCUACAUGAUGCUCGUCGCAUUCUCCAGGCCUGACAACUUCCCGCCAGGGCCGCCCCCGAUGCCGAUAUGGGGCAACUACGUGCAGAUGCUGCUGGUCAACUACAAGCACCCGUACAAGAUGCUGGACCUGAUGACGCGCUUCUACAAGAGCAAAGUGAUCGGUUUCUUCCUUGGGGAAUCGCCUACCAUCGUGGCCUGUGACUACCAGUCGGUGAAGGAGGUGCUCAACAACCCACACCUGCAGGGGCGCCCUGUCAACAUCGCUCUCAAGCACCGCAUGUUCAACAAGGAGCUCGGCAUCUUCUUCACGGAGGGCCCCCACUGGCUGGAGCAGAAGCGCUUCUCGCUGAGGAACAUGCGGGACUUCGGGUUCGGCCGCCGCUCUGAGAGGCUGGAGGCGGAGAUCGCGGCAGAGCUGCGAGACUUGGUGGAGCUGAUCCGCGGGGGCCGCGAGGACCAGGUGCGUCUGUCUAUACUGGCUGUCUGCCUGUCUAGCUGCCCAGCUACUCAGCUGGGCCCAUCUGCUACGACUCUAGUUGAAGCCCAAAGUAUUUCAAGUUGGACCUUAACUUUUCCCGCUUUAUUAGAAGCUGGGGUGGUGCGGCCGUCGUCAGGAGCGCUUAGCGUGCUGCUGCCGGACGUCCUUUUGCCAGUCUUCGUGAACGCGCUGUUGUCCGUGUACACGGGUGCGCGGUUGCCGCGUUCCGCAGAUGCUACGGUGCGCCAUCUGGGGCACGCAGCGAUGCAGUUCCAGAGAUCCAGUGACGCCACGGGAGGCUUCCUCACACUGCAUCCCUGGCUGGCGUGGCUGGCACCGCGACUCUCCGGCUACAAGGACAAUAUCCAGGGCUCCGAGAAGAUGCGCCUUUUCCUGGAGCAACAUAUCGAAGAGCACAAGCAGACGUACUCCGAUGACUACAUGCGGGACUUCAUUGACUCCUACCUCCGGGAAAUUGGGGAACGGGGGAAAACUGGAGAACCGACAAUGUUUACCUCGGAGCAGCUGUCCCUCAUUCUGCUGGACUUCUUCUUCCCGACGGCCUCCUCACUGCCGGCCACUCUGACGUGGGCCCUCCUCUUCACAUCUCACCACCUGGGGGUGCAGAAGAAGGUACAGGAUGAGUUGGAUGCAGUCGUGGGCCGCGGGAGGCUCCCCACACUGGACGACCGGCCAAACCUGCCCUACACAGAAGCAACGCUACGGGAGGCAAUGAGGAUCCGAACCCUCACUCCUCUCUCCGUCUUCCAUAAGGCCACGGAAGACACUACCCUCCAAGGUUACAGUGUGCCCAGAGGUGCCAUUGUGAUAACGUGCUUAUAUAGCAUGCACAUGGAUGGAGAUCUGUGGGGUGACCCAAACACCUUCAGGCCUGAGAGGUUUUUGGACAGUGAUGGAAAACUCAUCAAGAAAGACUUUACUCUGCCAUUUGGAGCCGGUAAGCGGCUGUGUGCUGGAGAGACUUUUUCGAAGCAGAACCUGUUCCUCACAUUCUCAACACUCCUGCAGAACUUUUCAAUCAAGUCAGACGGAGUGCCUUCGGCAGACAGCAGCGUACCUGGUGUCAUCGAGACAGCUCCUACAUUCUGGGCACAGUUUGUGCCUCGCUAACAGGAUGUGUCGCUUUCUCAGGUAAAUGUCCACUAUUGUGUGUGC